GAAAAAGACACAAGGAGAAGGAGAGCGAGAGGCAUAGUUGAGGAAGGGGUUGGGGGGGGUUUCGUAGACCCUGUGAUAGAGAAAGCCACAGACCUGGCGAGAGAGGGAUGCUCGAGAGAAGAAAAAAAAAAGCGAGGGAACAAGCAGAAGAGGGAUGAGCCAAUGAGAGCAAGAGAAGAGGAGAAAGGUGUGUGACGGGCAAAGGAAGAAGAGGAGCAGGUGGAGAACGGAGACGGCAGGGACAAGCGAGGCAGGGAGCAAGUGGAGAAGACCAGCUUAAGGAUACACUGCCAAGAGAAAAAAGGCAAAAAAAAAAAGUGUAGAGUCAAGAGCGGCAAGAGUGAUGAUAAAGGGAUAAAGAGAGGCUGAGACUGGAAAGAGAGAAAGAGGAGGGGAUCUGGGCCACCUAUGUAGGGCGAGAAAGAACAGAGAAGUGCGAGAGACCGAAGAGGGGGGGGAAUUAGUGAGGUGGUCAGGCUGCGUGUGUAUUUCUAGCUGUGGUCUUCACAGCAUACACAUGGAUGCUCAACGCAGGUGAGUGUACGCUACAAGACUCAGGCGCUGAGCAAAAUGCAGCUGACACAAUGCUGUUUUAUAUUCCUCGUCCAAGGCAGCAUCUAUCUGGUGAUCUGUGGGCCGGAAGACUCCCCUGGUGAUCCUGAUGAUGAAGAUCAAUCAGAAGCUAAGCCUCAGCCGAGACCACGAAUCCCUCGGAAAAAAACUUCCUCCCCAACCCGGCCUCGUAGUUCCAACCCGUUAAACUCUACAGUUCUUCAACUUCUCUCUAACACCCCAGAAUUUUGGGAUGUCCUGAACAGUCUUUCAGAUAUAGAUCACAAUCAAGAACCUCCAGUUCCAGCAAGGGUCCGACGCCAGUCUGUGCUCAGGUCAACCGGAAGAGCAAAGAAAGUCUUUGGUUGGGGGGACUUUUAUUCCAAUAUCAAGACUGUAAAGCUUAAUCUUCUCAUCACUGGGAAAGUGGUGGACCAUGGGAAUGGAUCCUUCAGUGUCUUCUUCCUUCACAACUCAACUGGCCAGGGAAAUGUAUCUGUCAGUCUUGUUCCACCAUCCAAAGUCCUCGACUUUGAUCUGGAGCAGCAGAUGUAUGCCGAAGCAAAGGAAUCAAAAAUCUUCAACUGCCGAGUGGAGUUUGAAAAAGUGGAUAAAGCAAUUAAGACAGGUCUGUGUCCUCAUGAUCCGUCAAAGACCUGCCAUCAGCAGCAAACUCGUAGCAAGGUCGCUUGGACAUGUUCACACCCUUUCAAGAUUGUUUGCGUGUAUGUCUCCUUUUACACCACAGAUUACAGACUAGUGCAAAAGGUCUGCCCUGACUAUAACUAUCACAGCAGUUCUCCAUACUCACCAUCAGGCUGAACUGAAAUUCUAAGUGCUGGUAGCAAUUAAAUAGCCUAGAUUGGCUAACUUUGGGUCUACCUUUUAUGGACUUCCUGUGCCUUGGUCUGGUCCAUUGUGGUGUGUGUACUUGUGGAGAAAGUGGGAAAAAAAAGCUGUGUAAGUGAUGUGCUGGACAUCAACUUGAACCACUUCAAUAUACACACACUGUAACAAAUAUAUUGUUAUUCCCCCAUUGAUAUGAAUUAAUGUUUGAUCUCCCAGAAAACCUAAAUGGAGCUCCAAAAUCUCAUUCAUAUCAGUUUUUAUACUCAAAUAAUAACUGCUUUCAUCUUUACUAGAACAGAUACAGGUUCUCAGAAUAGAAAGAAAUAUGAGUGGGCAUCAUAAUGAUCCAAAACCCAGUUAGGGGAAAAUACAGUAUAGAAAGGUUGGCUGAUUAUCUAAACACACAUUUUGGUCCGUGUUAAUAAAGGAAACUUUGGGGUGUUGUCCACAACAACCAGUCACAUCGCCCCCUUCACUCUCUAGAGCAGUGGUUUACAAUCUUGCUAUAGUUUGUCUGGUAAAUUUCAAACCCCGGUCUGAAAGUGUUUACAUUUGUUGCCAGUGAAUCCAAAAUGUGUGCAUAUACCGGCAACUCAUUCUGAGUAUAGAUUAAAAAUAAUAGACCUUAAUCAAUAUUUUAUGCAAAUGUAGUAUUUAAAAAAAUGUAUAUUUUUUUGUAGAGUUUAUCUUGUGAGUCGUAAGUCCCAUUAGUCUUUCAUAUGAACGUCUACAACAAGGUUGGGAACAUCCCAAGACUAGUAACCAGUGUACCUAAAAUAUCACACUUGGCUUCAGAUCUUUUAGAGGUUGUCACCUUAUAAGGUAUAGGAGGCCUACAAUAUGGCCCCCGACAUAACCAACGGGUCGAAUAUAAUAUUCAGUAUAUGCAACACUAAUGAAGGCCAUCAGGAACAGCAGAAAUAUUACAGGAGAUGGAUAGAGACUGGGGACAUGCUACUGGUGUGGUUGGAGACAAGCUGCAGGGGACAGAAUGAGACUUGGGACAUGUUACAUAUACGACCACUAGAGACGGACAGCCAUUACAGUCCCUUUCUAACUCCUAUUACUUACCGCUGGGGUCUGAGGGUUGAAGGUUGGGCACCAGGGUUUUGGAAGCUCUUCUAGGCUUUUCUGACAUGCCUGUUGGCUUAUAUAAUGGACCACAUGAAGUGUGGCCUUCUACAUCCCUGUCCUGGAGGUACACUAACCACAGGUUGGGAAAUCCUGCUCUACUGCAAUAACUUAGGUGGCUUCUAUAGGCAAAACAUACCCCGUUUCCUUGUACUGCUAGACUCCAGAUAUGUUCUUAUGUACUACAUAUGGACACCUAGUUAACCUGUCAGAUUAUAAGCAGACUUUUUUUCAGAAGUUGUGACAAUAUUAUGAACCAGUCAUCCUGAAAAGCACAUUUUCAGUCUUCUUUCCAUUUGUAACACUUCUUUUUAAGCCAAAUUAGAAGAUAUUAUAGGCAUGUAUGACUGUUUCAAAGAAAGCUACAACUCUCUCCAGUCAUCCUAUCUCCCAUAGGUUGUAUAUUGACAACAUUUGCCAACAUUGUGAAGCAUAACCCAUGACGAUAUUACCUCAGUCUGUGCUAAUGUAAGCUGUGUGGUCUCUGCUUGUUAUAAUAGACACAUGUAACUAUAUAAUACAGUCACAUAGUAUAGCCCACCAUGUCACCAAUAACUCCACAUCUACUAUAGUUAAUGUCAUUCUGCUCUACUGGGAUUUGUUUAUUGAAUUAAUAAAAUUAGUGCAAAGGCCAA